GCCCAGUACCCUUACCCGGCUGGACGCGGUACCGGGAUGGCUCCGGAGGACAAGUCACCGUCAGAGGAGUUGUGACGGCCAACAACCGGCCCGUCAACGGUCAGCCGCGGCAGUUGUAUACCUACCGCCAUUCCGGUUCUUCCUUCUCCAGUGAUACCAGCAUGAGUAUCGACGAAAAUCGACUACCUCAGACCAAAUUGGCCGCUACUAAAGCAUCACAGCCGGAGUUUGGAAUCCCGAAGUCUCGCACAUUUAGCAUCCUCUCCGGCCUUACCAAGUCAUUCUCCAGCGGCUCCAUCACCAGCCGAGGGAACAACAGCCGCAAUGUCAGCGGACAGUCUUCUUCUGAGUCGAGCACCGUCACCCCUGCCCAAGAAGCAUCUCAUCACCCCGUUGCGCAGGCACAUCGAAAAAUCAGUAGCCAACAUGAUAAAUCAUCGCCUCUUUCACCAAGUCCCGGGUCGCCAGCAGUACCCUGCCUCCUCGACAAUCCCAAAGAAGUCACAACCGCCAUGCCACCGCAAUACUGGGCUGGCCGAUUUAUGGCCUUGCAUGACCGCUUCCACAACGAGCUACUAGAGCCUCGGCAUCUCACUCAAAUCUGCGAAGCUCAAGUAGCCCAGUUUAUCUCACCGCCCAACUACAGCCGUUCCCAGGCAGCGCAGGCAUCUGCUGCCGCGAAGAAUAAUCCCUCGACAUCGAUCUAUGCCAACACUCGAGUUGCUCAGACUAGGAAACACACCCCGACCAGUUCGUCCUUGAACAGAUCUCGCAUCCACAGCCGCAUCCCCCAGUCCGCUACGAGCGGCGCAAUCUUGCAGACAACCGACCCAUACCCUCCUCCUCCGUAUUCCCAGGCGACGUUAUCCUCCUCAUCUCGCCAUAUCUCCUCCUCUAAGCAGAUACUCCCCCCUACAACCAGCAGCAUCCGCAUCGUAUCCACCAACACCAGGAAUUUACACUUGCCCACGUCCGCCACGACAGCCUACAGCGGAGGCAACGGAAAUGCCCUUGCCUUCAUCCCAGAGAAUGAACACGACCACGACCGGGGUAUCGCAACCAUCACUACCACCAGCAGCAGCAGAAACCCAGCUCCGAGCCAAGUUGUCAAGAGCAAAAAGAGCAGCACGUACCUCGCAGAUAGCGAAGAAUCCCGCGCCCGCCGCGUGCUCCUGCACCUCGAGCACAUGUGUGCCACCCCGGAGGCGCGGGCGUCACUCCACUCCUGGCGGACGGCAUAUGCGCGCAAGACAGGGCGAGCGGAGUUCCUCCCCUCUGGCGUCAGUCUGACCACUUCUACUACCAGUAGUGCAUCCGACGAUGUCGAUAGCAACAAAGAACGUACAAAUGAGCAGCAGCAUGGUGGACACGAGUUUGGCGAGAAGGGGAAACGGCUCGUGAGGCGGUUGCGGCGCAGUUUACUGUUUUCCGGGAGCCAGGAUCGAGGGAAUAAGGCUCACGACGAAGGCGGCUUGCUGGGAAGGGAUGGAAUGGGCUUCGUGCAUGCACGGGAGAAGGAGAAGUUCUGGGCGGACAUGUCCAUGUCCAAGUCCAAGUCUGAGUGCUAUGGGAAGGAUGGGUCUGUGAAAGGGAACUCCGCUGAUUUGAAGCGCGUGCUGGAUGAGGAGGCUGAAAAGCUGAAGAGGCGUGGCAGGCACUUUAGCUUCUUUUGAAGCGGCUGUUAUUGAGGGACGAUCUCGGAUGUUAGGAGAGCUCAGGAGGGGAGGAACUUUUUGUGUUGCGAUUUGUAGGUGUAUUAUUGUAUGGGUUACAUGCGAAAGGCGGGAGCUUGUAGGGUGCGUCUUUGGCAAGAAUAUGGCGUUGGAGCCUUACAGGGAGCCGAGCCGGAAAAGGGUGUGGUUUAUUUUAUGGGCAUUAUUUUGCCUGGCCAUGGGGAAAUCAGGGGCUUGUUGGCCUAUGAAGGAACGAGUCUGACAUACGUAACUACCAG